AUGUUACAACAAAGACUACUGGCGCCCCUCCGGGUGCUGGAGAGAGCAAUUGUGCCAUCGCUCCGCUCAUCACAGCCAAUCUCCCGACCACCACCACCAUCAAUACUCUCACGAACCAACACCUCCGCACCGACACCAUUCUUGAACCGCCUCCUCCCCUUCUCUCAAGUCCGUCAUGCCUCCCACGCCACCCAGGGUACGGCGAAUCGACAUUCCCGUGACCCCGCGGGAAAGCGUCUCGGUGCGAAACGUACCACCGGUGAAUACGUCGUUCCAGGCUGUAUCAUUUUCCGUCAGCGUGGAACGAAAUGGUUUCCAGGCGAGAAUUGCGCGCUAGGCAGGGAUCAUACCAUCUAUGCCACUGAGGCAGGAUAUGUGAGAUACUAUUUGGAUCCCGAACGGCACCCUGACCGGAAGUAUAUCGGCGUCUGCUUUGAGAAGGACGGCAAGUUGCCUACGCCCCGGAAUGCCCCGACCAAACGGAAACUGAACAGGGUCGCCGUCCCUCGCAUCGAUGACGCCCCUACGCCGAUUGCUGGACAGUCGGAUCUUGUUGCUACUAUUGACAAUGGCACUAUGGUGUCUAGCGUGGAGGCUGUGAACGCCGAGUCAGGCUCUCAGCUGCGUCCGGGUUAUAUGUACCGUGAGGCGAACUGGCAGAUCGGUCGAGCAGCUGAGAAGGCCGGGAUUACAGCGAAGGCUUACAACCCCAAGAACCGUUGGUUGGCAUGGAGAAAGAGACAGGCUAGGGCCGAACGGGCCGCCCAGAUGAAGAGUCUCAAGAACAAGAAGAAGGCUUCAAAGAAGGGCAAGGGUGGCCGCUAA